AUGGGGGGCAGCUGUGGACACGGAGGACCAACCAUAACUCAUCCCUGGAUUUCUGACUACCUGGAGGGCAGCACCACUGUGCUGCUCAAGGGUCAACUGUGCGUGACAAAGCAGGAGCCGGCAAAGGCGCCCGAAACACGGGGCAUGCGCGGGACAACGGGCCUCGUCUUCAAAAAGUCGAGGUCAUGCGAACAAGCACAGCAGGGAGACGUGAUGGGCCUGGCCCCUGCACACUGUGAGGGAGUACUGACCGUCUCCGGCACGGCUGUGCUGCUGGAAAAGCUGGGAAGCAGCGGAUGGGCAGCCGGGGGCAGCCGCGGCACCACCGGGACCAGCGCUCCAUCUCGGGGCAGGUCAGAGAGCACCACGGACCGUCCCCCCAACUCCCCACCACGGAGCCUCUGCAACACAGAUGCACAUCUGCUUUCAACUCACAGUCCACGAGCCCCCCAGGCGCUGCCAGGCAGUCCUCACACUGAAGGACGAGAUCAGACCACAGUUCAGCUGAUGGAGGAGCAGAAGCCGGGCACAGAGAAACGCGGCGAAGGACUUCAGGAAAGACACCCAACGAGCGCCCGCCCGCCGGCCGGCGCCCCCCAGCCCCGGGCCGGUCUCCGCGGCCCCCCGCCCCCGCCGGGCCCCUCCGUCCCCGCGCCCUCCCGAGCGCCUGCGGCCGGCCCGGGGUCCGCAGCAACUUUCGCCCGCCCGGGGGCUUCCCCCACCGAGCCCUGCGGCCCGGAAAACGCGCCCCGUCCGGGUGAGACCGGCCGGCCCGCCGCGCGCCAGCUGUCAGCCGGGCCGGGGCCGGGGGCGCGCGGCCGAGGCGGGCGGCCCGGGCGGGGUCCCCGCGACGGGAGGCCGCGCCCCCGGCCCCGCCCCGCGGCCCCGCUCGGGGCGCAUCGCGGCGGCCCCGCUGCCCGCUCCCCGCUGCCCGCGGCCCCGGCCCCGACGGCGCGCCAGGACGGCCCGGCCCGGGGCGCCAGCGCGCGGCUGAGGCAGAGCCGGCGCCGGCCGCACACUCACCGCGGGCGCCGGGCGGCUCCCGCCCGGGUGCGGACGACGGCCGCGCGGGCGGACGCGCUCCCAUUCAUCAGCCGCGGCUUUGUCUGCCCCCGCGCCCCUCCCGCCCCGCCGCCGCCGCCGCCCGCCCGCGACGCCGCCGGACGCUGCACCCCUCCCAGGGCCCCGCGCGGCGCGGGGCGGGGCCGGGGGGGCGGGGCCGGCGCGCGCAGGCGCAGUGCCCGCAUGCCGGUCCCUCCCCGGGGCCCGGCCGAACGGGCCGCUCGUGGGGCCGAGGCGCUGGGGAUGGGCAGGUCCCGGCCGGCGCAUUCCCCGCGCGCCGGCCCCGCCCCCGGGUCGGCCCCGCUGGAGGGGUGGGCGGCGCCGGCGGGGCGGGCGCUGUUGGGGGCGGCCAGGCGCUGCUGGGGGCGGCCGGCCGCCGCGGUGUUCCCGGUGCCCCGGCCGUCGGCGGCGGUCCGGGCGCACACGUGCUGGGGCGCUGAGGGCUGCGGCGCCACGUGCACGCAGGUGCGCGCAGGUGCCCGCAGGUGCGCGCGGCGCCGCCCCGGAGCGGCCGUCCGCGGAGCGCACCUGCGCGGGAGCCCCGAGCCCGGCUCCCCCGGGACAGCGCCGCGCGUCCUUCCGCGGGCGGGCUCUGCGGGGCGCCGCGCGGCGUGCUGGGCGCACCUAAGCCCUCGAGUCCGAGGCGGUGCGGUGCCGCCCCGCGCGCCCUGGUUCGCGGAGACCGGCGACGGGAGCGCGGCGCUGCGGGGCCGGCGCGGCAGGCCCUUCCUCUGCAGCGGCCGGCGGGCUGGGGCUUCCCGCGGCGGGUGCCGGCCGCGCGGCCCUCGGGCUCGCGCUGGGAGCCUGGCUUCUGCGACCGAGCCAGGCAGGAGCCGCCUGCUGGACGCUGCCUGGCACAGGGCAGGGUGGGUGUUUGUUCUAAAGCUGGAGGUGGGCGCGGUGGACAGCAAACCGUGGCCACAGUCCAAAUCCUGCCGACACCUGUUGGUUUGGCCUAGGGCCGCGAGGGCCACGGAUGGUGCUGCAGGCCACUCCUCUGCCUCGGUGGCCUCAGUGACCUCAGAGCAGGUGGCUGGGGCCCAGGUGGGCGGGGGCUUGAGAACCCCUCCAAGGACCACCCUCGACACGCAGGCAUCAGCGGGGUCACCUGGGGGCUCCACAAGGCUCUUCGAAACUGAACCCCUGAAUCACUCUGCAGCGCUGACCCCAACUGGGGGCGGGCCCUUCCAGGCCAGGCUUGGCCUCCCCACCCUGCACCCAUCCCAGCCCUCUGAGGAGCUGGGGCAUCUGCGGGUUGGAAGUAAGGGUACAGGGACGUUGGAGCACGAGGGGGCAUUGGGCACCCCGGGUCGGGGAGGAGCAGGUUUCCCCGGGCGCUCGGUGGCCACGCUCUCCAGUUGGGAUGAUGCCCUCAGGGCUGAGGGAUGCGAGGGGGGCAGUGGGGAGCGGAAGAGGAACGGGGGGUAG